CGCCAUAUUGUGGCUGACUGGCUGUGCAAGCGUCCUUGUGUAACGCUUAGAUUGUGAAUUGUUUUAAAGGUGUAGUGGCUUAAGAUACGUUAAAAGUGCUAGUUUUUAUUGAUUUAAGUGAUAAUGCAGACCGGCAGCGGAGCCAAAAACCCGCCAUGGGCGCGAUCAAAUGUGAAUACAAACAUGACCGGCAUGAAUACGCAAAUCAUGGACCCUAACUCUAUGAUGACACAACAGGGUAUGAUGCCAUUCCAACAAACUCCCGCUGUGUUUAAUCCGAGUAUGAUGCAAGCUCAGAGUGGCAUGUCCAUGCCAAUGGCAGGGCAAAUGCAAAUGAACCAAAUGACCCAAGGUCAAAUGUACCCGGGCAAUGUUGUUGCGUACCCGACACCACGUGCUAUGAACCCGGGAAUGUAUCAAAACAACUCAUCGGGGGGUACGGCUCCAUCCAAUGAACAGAGGGUGUUUACAGGAACUGUAACAAAGACUCAUAACGACUUCGGUUUUGUCGAUCACGAUGUCUUUUAUCAAACUUCCGUGUGCGCCAAGGGCAUCAUUCCAAAAGUAAACGACAGAGUUCUGGUGGAGGCGAACUACAACCCUAACAUGCCGUUCAAGUGGAACGCGACUAGAGUGCAAGUGCUGCCUAAAAAUGGGCCAGGUAAUCAGAAGCAGAACACCCCAAAAAGCAACAACUAUAAUGCUGUACCACCACCCUCAGGUGAUAGACAGUCUAACAGGAAGGAUCGCAUGCCGAGAGGCAGAGAUAACAGAGACAUGAGAGAUAGAGAUAACAGGAAACGCUCAAGAACCAGAAGCCGCUCCCGCUCAAGGAACAUCCAUGAAAACAGGGUGAUCAGGAGAGAUUCUCCACCCCGCAAGCGCCCAGUGAUUCACCAACCUUCACCAGUCAAAUAUGUAGUCAGAGUGCCGCGUAUGCCAUUGGACAUCGUCCAGCUAGAUGUCCCAGCAUUGUCUCAAAGGUACACUAACAUGUAUGUGCCGUCCGACUUCUUCAAUGCCCAAGUGAAAUGGGGCGAGACAUUCCCGCCGCAGUCCCCACUGUCGCUCAACAACCCAUGUCAGUACUACAUCAUGAACAAGGAUAUCGACAAUCCUCUGGGCAAUGACUCCGUCUUGGAACCUCCAGAUGCGGAUUACAGAUUUUCAGCUAAGGUGAUGUUGAUCAGCAUGCCUACACUGGAAUCACUUUACCAGAAAUGUGGGCUGACUAAAGUAGAUGAGAAAGACAAACGCUCCACCAAUUCCAAAACUCCCUUGCACCCUACCCGUUUGAUCAAGUUCCUUGUUGGCCAGAAAGGAAAAGGUGGUGAAAAUUUUGCUAUAGGUGGACCAUGGAGUCCUUCUCUGGAUGGCGAAAACCCUCAAUCAGAUCCCAGCGUCCUGGUCAGGACCGCCAUACGCACAUGCAAGGCCCUGACUGGAAUCGAUUUGUCUAACUGCACCCAAUGGUACCGAAUGGUGGAGUUUUACUACUGGCGCGAGGGCAGCAACGGCAAGUCGCGGCUCGAGUCUGUGGUGUUGUUCCUGCCCGACGUGUGGUCGGCGCAGCCGUCGCGUAUCGAGUGGGCCAACGUUCAGGAGACAUAUAAGACCGCCUGCGACAACGCGAUAAGGAACCUCGACAUCCUCGCGGCGGAGGUGGCGGCGGCGCCGCAGCCCGCCGCAGCCGCCGCGCCCGCCGAGCCGGCCGCCGUCGCGGAGCCCGCGGCGCAGGCGACAGCGGACAAAUCCAAAAUUGAUACGUCAAGCCAUGAUGACAGUACCAUAACCAUAGAUGAGAAUGAUGAUGAUGAGGAAAGGCCUGAGCCCACACAUUAUUCCAAGAUUGAUCUGAGGACCAUUAAAGUUGACCAACUGCGCCAAGAGCUGAGAGCUCGCAAUGUCAGCUGCAAAGGUCUCCGUGCUCAACUAGUGUCCCGCCUCUCAAAGCUGGUCAAACAAGAGGAAGAAAAGGAAACGAAAGGCGAUGAGGUCGAGGUGUUAGACGACGACGCAGAACCAGAGCCAGAAAAGAAGGAUGCCUCUAAAGACGAGUCCAUAGAGAUAUCGGAUGACAAGGAUGAGCCUAAAGCGGAGAAGGAAGAUAAGAAAGAGGAGAAAAAGGAGGAUAAGGAGAAAAAACCGGCACCGAAGUCUGAGAAGGAAAUUGAACAGGAGUUGAAAAGGCUCGAGAAAGAGAGGCAGACGCUAAAGUCACGCUACGAAGUGCCGAACACGCCUCACAUCCUCGUGCACCCGUCCGCCACGGCCAAGGGCGGCAAGUUCACCUGCAACAUCGCCACGCUGUCCUUCCUGCUCGACUACCGCAUCACCGACAACAAGGAGCACAGCUUUGAGCUGUUCGUGUUUGCCGAACUUUUGAACGAGAUGCUUAUGCGUGAUUUCGGCUUCUACAUUUACAAAACACUUUACACAUUGCCCGAAAAGGUUGAGGAAGUGAAGGAAGUCAAGGAUAAAGAAUCGAAGGAAGUAGUUAAAGACGAAAAGACUGCUGACAAAGCUGAGAAGAAGGACGACAAAAAAGAAGAUGAGAAGAAAGACGACAAAAAGGAGGAAAAGAAAGAAGAAAAGAAAGAGGAGAAAAAAGAGGAAAAGGAUAAGAAAGACGAGCGGCGAGAUGACAAACGUGAAGUCUCUCGGCGGCGGGACCGGCGGGGUUCGGCGAGUGAUGACGAGCGCAGCACGUCUCCCCGGCGGCGCAGCCGCGGCGUAGAGCUCCCACCCGACCCCUACCUGCUGCUGUCACUGGUAUACUUCGACACAGCUCGCGGUGGACACGUCACCAAGAAAGACUUGCAGAACCUCUUCAUGAGCUUGGGCCUGCAGUUAUCCCGAUCUCAGAUACGCAACGUGCUUGAGAAAGUUUGCAUCAAGGACUCGUUUAGUUACAAGACCCUUAUCCAGUCCAUCAAGGAUCUCGUGGCCGGCUCACACGAGGCGAUGCAAGAUCUGCCGCUCGACACCGCGGUCGUUCCUCAGGAGGUGCCACCUCACAUCGCCGAACUAGAGGCCGCUAUUGCAGCUGGUAACCGAGAGCUGUUGCCGGUCUUUAAUAGGCCCUCUGAGGGAGAGUCCGCGUCUAGUGAAACUAAGGAUAUUAGUGAAAAGGGUGUGGUGGUGUACAAGUCUCGCGUGAUCGACGUGGGCGCGCUGGUGGCCGCGGAGGCGCGCAACGCGGCGACUCGCGGGCGCCUGGAAGCCGCGCUGGAGGACACGCGGGCGCAGCUGCGCAGCGCGCGCCAGGCCGCCGUGUCGCGCCAGCAGGCCGAGCGCGGCGCCACCGCGCAGCUGGGCGAGCUCAGCGACCAGCUCGCCGCCGCGCACAAGCGCGUCACCUCGCUGCAGGUACACACUACAUACUACACUACACACUACACACUGGAGGACACGCGGGCGCAGCUGCGCAGCGCGCGCCAGGCCGCCGUGUCGCGCCAGCAGGCCGAGCGCGGCGCCACCGCGCAGCUGGGCGAGCUCAGCGACCAGCUCGCCGCCGCGCACAAGCGCGUCACCUCGCUGCAGGUACACACUACAUACUACACUACACACUACACACUGGAGGACACGCGGGCGCAGCUGCGCAGCGCGCGCCAGGCCGCCGUGUCGCGCCAGCAGGCCGAGCGCGGCGCCACCGCGCAGCUGGGCGAGCUCAGCGACCAGCUCGCCGCCGCGCACAAGCGCGUCACCUCGCUGCAGGUACACACUACAUACUACACUACACACUACACACUGGAGGACACGCGGGCGCAGCUGCGCAGCGCGCGCCAGGCCGCCGUGUCGCGCCAGCAGGCCGAGCGCGGCGCCACCGCGCAGCUGGGCGAGCUCAGCGACCAGCUCGCCGCCGCGCACAAGCGCGUCACCUCGCUGCAGGUACACACUACAUACUACACUACACACUACACACUGGAGGACACGCGGGCGCAGCUGCGCAGCGCGCGCCAGGCCGCCGUGUCGCGCCAGCAGGCCGAGCGCGGCGCCACCGCGCAGCUGGGCGAGCUCAGCGACCAGCUCGCCGCCGCGCACAAGCGCGUCACCUCGCUGCAGGUACACACUACAUACUACACUACACACUACACACUGGAGGACACGCGGGCGCAGCUGCGCAGCGCGCGCCAGGCCGCCGUGUCGCGCCAGCAGGCCGAGCGCGGCGCCACCGCGCAGCUGGGCGAGCUCAGCGACCAGCUCGCCGCCGCGCACAAGCGCGUCACCUCGCUGCAGGUACACACUACAUACUACACUACACACUACACACUGGAGGACACGCGGGCGCAGCUGCGCAGCGCGCGCCAGGCCGCCGUGUCGCGCCAGCAGGCCGAGCGCGGCGCCACCGCGCAGCUGGGCGAGCUCAGCGACCAGCUCGCCGCCGCGCACAAGCGCGUCACCUCGCUGCAGGUACACACUACAUACUACACUACACACUACACACUGGAGGACACGCGGGCGCAGCUGCGCAGCGCGCGCCAGGCCGCCGUGUCGCGCCAGCAGGCCGAGCGCGGCGCCACCGCGCAGCUGGGCGAGCUCAGCGACCAGCUCGCCGCCGCGCACAAGCGCGUCACCUCGCUGCAGGUACACACUACAUACUACACUACACACUACACACUGGAGGACACGCGGGCGCAGCUGCGCAGCGCGCGCCAGGCCGCCGUGUCGCGCCAGCAGGCCGAGCGCGGCGCCACCGCGCAGCUGGGCGAGCUCAGCGACCAGCUCGCCGCCGCGCACAAGCGCGUCACCUCGCUGCAGGUACACACUACAUACUACACUACACACUACACACUGGAGGACACGCGGGCGCAGCUGCGCAGCGCGCGCCAGGCCGCCGUGUCGCGCCAGCAGGCCGAGCGCGGCGCCACCGCGCAGCUGGGCGAGCUCAGCGACCAGCUCGCCGCCGCGCACAAGCGCGUCACCUCGCUGCAGGUACACACUACAUACUACACUACACACUACACACUGGAGGACACGCGGGCGCAGCUGCGCAGCGCGCGCCAGGCCGCCGUGUCGCGCCAGCAGGCCGAGCGCGGCGCCACCGCGCAGCUGGGCGAGCUCAGCGACCAGCUCGCCGCCGCGCACAAGCGCGUCACCUCGCUGCAGGUACACACUACAUACUACACUACACACUACACACUGGAGGACACGCGGGCGCAGCUGCGCAGCGCGCGCCAGGCCGCCGUGUCGCGCCAGCAGGCCGAGCGCGGCGCCACCGCGCAGCUGGGCGAGCUCAGCGACCAGCUCGCCGCCGCGCACAAGCGCGUCACCUCGCUGCAGGUACACACUACAUACUACACUACACACUACACACUGGAGGACACGCGGGCGCAGCUGCGCAGCGCGCGCCAGGCCGCCGUGUCGCGCCAGCAGGCCGAGCGCGGCGCCACCGCGCAGCUGGGCGAGCUCAGCGACCAGCUCGCCGCCGCGCACAAGCGCGUCACCUCGCUGCAGGUACACACUACAUACUACACUACACACUACACACUGGAGGACACGCGGGCGCAGCUGCGCAGCGCGCGCCAGGCCGCCGUGUCGCGCCAGCAGGCCGAGCGCGGCGCCACCGCGCAGCUGGGCGAGCUCAGCGACCAGCUCGCCGCCGCGCACAAGCGCGUCACCUCGCUGCAGGUACACACUACAUACUACACUACACACUACACACUGGAGGACACGCGGGCGCAGCUGCGCAGCGCGCGCCAGGCCGCCGUGUCGCGCCAGCAGGCCGAGCGCGGCGCCACCGCGCAGCUGGGCGAGCUCAGCGACCAGCUCGCCGCCGCGCACAAGCGCGUCACCUCGCUGCAGGUACACACUACAUACUACACUACACACUACACACUGGAGGACACGCGGGCGCAGCUGCGCAGCGCGCGCCAGGCCGCCGUGUCGCGCCAGCAGGCCGAGCGCGGCGCCACCGCGCAGCUGGGCGAGCUCAGCGACCAGCUCGCCGCCGCGCACAAGCGCGUCACCUCGCUGCAGGUACACACUACAUACUACACUACACACUACACACUGGAGGACACGCGGGCGCAGCUGCGCAGCGCGCGCCAGGCCGCCGUGUCGCGCCAGCAGGCCGAGCGCGGCGCCACCGCGCAGCUGGGCGAGCUCAGCGACCAGCUCGCCGCCGCGCACAAGCGCGUCACCUCGCUGCAGGUACACACUACAUACUACACUACACACUACACACUGGAGGACACGCGGGCGCAGCUGCGCAGCGCGCGCCAGGCCGCCGUGUCGCGCCAGCAGGCCGAGCGCGGCGCCACCGCGCAGCUGGGCGAGCUCAGCGACCAGCUCGCCGCCGCGCACAAGCGCGUCACCUCGCUGCAGGUACACACUACAUACUACACUACACACUACACACUGGAGGACACGCGGGCGCAGCUGCGCAGCGCGCGCCAGGCCGCCGUGUCGCGCCAGCAGGCCGAGCGCGGCGCCACCGCGCAGCUGGGCGAGCUCAGCGACCAGCUCGCCGCCGCGCACAAGCGCGUCACCUCGCUGCAGGUACACACUACAUACUACACUACACACUACACACUGGAGGACACGCGGGCGCAGCUGCGCAGCGCGCGCCAGGCCGCCGUGUCGCGCCAGCAGGCCGAGCGCGGCGCCACCGCGCAGCUGGGCGAGCUCAGCGACCAGCUCGCCGCCGCGCACAAGCGCGUCACCUCGCUGCAGGUACACACUACAUACUACACUACACACUACACACUGGAGGACACGCGGGCGCAGCUGCGCAGCGCGCGCCAGGCCGCCGUGUCGCGCCAGCAGGCCGAGCGCGGCGCCACCGCGCAGCUGGGCGAGCUCAGCGACCAGCUCGCCGCCGCGCACAAGCGCGUCACCUCGCUGCAGGUACACACUACAUACUACACUACACACUACACACUGGAGGACACGCGGGCGCAGCUGCGCAGCGCGCGCCAGGCCGCCGUGUCGCGCCAGCAGGCCGAGCGCGGCGCCACCGCGCAGCUGGGCGAGCUCAGCGACCAGCUCGCCGCCGCGCACAAGCGCGUCACCUCGCUGCAGGUACACACUACAUACUACACUACACACUACACACUGGAGGACACGCGGGCGCAGCUGCGCAGCGCGCGCCAGGCCGCCGUGUCGCGCCAGCAGGCCGAGCGCGGCGCCACCGCGCAGCUGGGCGAGCUCAGCGACCAGCUCGCCGCCGCGCACAAGCGCGUCACCUCGCUGCAGGUACACACUACAUACUACACUACACACUACACACUGGAGGACACGCGGGCGCAGCUGCGCAGCGCGCGCCAGGCCGCCGUGUCGCGCCAGCAGGCCGAGCGCGGCGCCACCGCGCAGCUGGGCGAGCUCAGCGACCAGCUCGCCGCCGCGCACAAGCGCGUCACCUCGCUGCAGGCGAGCUCCAAAAUCUUCCAUUCCGCCUUGAAGAGCAUCCAGUCUAAAGUGGAAGCCGUCGUGAACAUCAAGUUCGAGGACGACGACGUCGUAGAAGUCGUGAACGGACCGUCAAAGUAUGAAAAGAUGCCAAAGAAAGAGGAAAUCAAGAAACAAGAAGACCAAGAUGUGAAAUCAACUAAAGAAGAAGUAGAAGUCCCCACAAGCACGGAAGUCGACUCUUCAAACCAAGAUAAAGACACGACUGAUAUCAUCUCCACAGAAAACAUGGAUAUUGAUGAUAAGGAAUAAACUUAGAUUUUAUGUAUAA